AUGGCGCUGCUGCCAGCGCUGCUGCUUCUGCUGCUGCUGCUCCUGCCCCUGGCGGCGCUGGUGCUGGGCGCGGUGCUCCUCGCGCUGCCCAGCUACGAGAUCCCGCCCGGGGUGAACCAGCCCGCCAAGCUGCGCCUGGUCCUGGCUGUCCUCCUCGGCACGGCGGCCCUGGGAAGGAUUUUGGAGAAGACAGGGCUUUGCAGUCAAAUCACUUUUGGCCGAUACGUGCGACAAGGACGGAGACUAAGGGUAGACCCAAAGCUCUUUAUCCAGGAUCUGCAGUUUAACAAAGUACCUGUGAGGGUUUACCAGCCUAAAGCUAUAUCACACGGGCAAAGGAGAGCUAUCAUCUUCUUUCAUGGAGGAGGCUGGGUAUUUGGAAGUCUUGAUACCUACGAAAAAGUGUGCCGCUACAUAUCCAGAGAAAGUGGAUCAGUAGUUGUAUCUGUUCAGUACCGUUUAGCUCCUGAACACAAAUACCCUGCUGCGUAUGAAGACUGUCUUAAUGCUACCAUACACUUCAUGAGGAACACAGAGCACUAUGGGGUGGACCCUGCCCGUAUAAGUGUCUGUGGGGACAGUGCAGGGGGCAAUCUAGCAGCUGCUGUUAGCCAGACCCUGGCAGGUAGAUCAGACCUCCCAAAGCUACGUGCUCAGAUCUUGAUCUACCCAGGCCUUCAGGCACUGGACUUCAAUUUACCAUCCUAUCAGCAAAAUCGGGGAGUCCCUCUCUUAUUCCGAGAACGUGCUGCUUUUUUUGCUUUGCAGUACCUAAAUGGGGAUGCAUCACAUAUGCAAGAAGUCUUGAAGGGCUCUCAUAUUCCUCCAGAUAUGAGGAUGAAGUACAGGAAGUGGGUGAGUCCAGACAACAUCCCUGAAAAAUUUAAGGUCAGAGGUGUGAAGCCGCUUAGGCCCACUGAUUUUGUGGCUGAAGUUUAUGAGACAGUGAAAAGAUUCUGUGAGCCCAACCUGUGUCCCCUGCUAGCUGAAGAUGCUAUUGUUCACCAGCUGCCAGAGUCUUUCAUCUUGACUUGCGAGUAUGAUGUGCUGAGGGAUGACGGCUUGCUGUACAAGAAGAGACUGGAGGACAAUGGAGUUCGAGUGACCUGGUACCACCUUGAGGAUGGAUUCCAUGGAAUCAUAAGCCUGUAUGAUUAUGGGGGGUUUUCAUUUCCAUCUGGUAAAAGGGGAUUGGACAGUGUUGUUAACUUCCUUUUAGGCUUAUAGUAAACAUCUUAGAUUCCACGAGUCUGUUCAUGCCUCAACCUAGAAAAAUAUCUUUUUAGGAUAUUUAAUAUCAGGUGAUGGGUAGUCAGUCAAAGGUGGCCAUUAACAACGAUAAACACGGCUCAUGUGAAGCGCAUUCCAGCUGUUAGUUGGACCAUGGAAUA